AUGUCAACCGCUCGUGGGCAGUCCUAUGACCCCCAGGAUUCUGAUAUAGAAACACCGUCGUUAGACGGACAUGAGGGAGAGACCGGCAAGGAUGCAGCGAAACCAGGACGAAAGAAGAAUCCAAAUUCGCAGGCAGCUCGUCGAGACCAGAAUCGCAUCGCUCAGCGUGAGUUCCGACUCAGGAAGCAGCAACGCAUUCGUGAUCUCGAAGCCCGCGUAGAGAUCCUAUCAGGUAGUAAAGAUGAGGCAGUAUCAGAGCUGAGAUUGACACUGAAAGACCUCAUGGAGGAGAAUCAGCAGCUGCGUAAUCUUGUGCGGGGACUGAGUCAAUUCAUCGGCGAAGGUUCUGGCGGUUUACUCUCGAAACUUGGCUGGGGUAUGGAAGAGUUCACAAAUUUUGUCAACCGAGGCGAGACGGACACUGCAUACGAGAGCUAUCAACGACGGAAGAAGCUACGCGCGGAACAAGAAGCAGCUGCAGCAUCGCAAAACGGCCAGGGCGGUCACAAGCGUUCUGCAGAAGAACAAUCCAUCAUGGGACCAUCCAAAAAGGCUAGAGAGAGCAGCUUACUACCUGACCCCCAAAGCAUUGGGACAUAUCCGCUUAUGGUAUCCGUGCCUCCCGCUCCUUCCCCUGGCAGCACGCAUACUGGCGCAGGUCGCUCUUCACACGAAAGCAGCCUGUUCUCGGAUUUAAUGCGAGGCUCCGGAGGCUCUCCCAUGUUCAUGCCCCCAGCUCCCGCUUCCACUCAAUCUACGUCGCCAACCUACGGCAACCAACCUGUCUCGAAUGCUGUGAAUGGCCAGCUCGCGUAUCAACCGCCUUACGCGAAUCCUCCCAUUAUGCCUUCUGGCACUAUGAAUUCGGAGACACCGCUUGUAUCAAUGCCGUUUACUAGCAAUACGCCGGUCUCCAUGUCCCAACCUCAACGUACAAUAACUGAGCAGGUGACACCAAGGGAGGCGGAUGUCGAAGACGACCCAAAGAAGAAUGAAGCAUAUAAACUCAUACAUUAUCAUCUUGAUAACUACAAGCGGAAUCGUGGAUAUUGCUUACCCGCUUCUUUGCGGCCCACUCUGGUGCAGAGCACGGUCCCUCAUGAAAGUGUAAUCGACGGUAUUGUGCAUCCUGAGCUGCGUGAUAGGAUUAUUCUCCUGCGAGGUCGAUUCGACUUGAUUGACUGUCUACACGAGUAUCGUAUAAAUGUGACGGUCCAUGGCGACGAUGUAUUAGCCCACACAAAUUGGGAGCUCAACGAAAAGUGGUUGAGGAAAUAUAGUUUUCUUGCCGACCAAGCAACCCUCAAUACAGCCAACCGUUGGAGAAGAGAGCGCGGCGAGCCCGACUUGCUGAUAACUGACAUCGUACCUGGAGACGGAUCUUCGGAAGAGUCUUGAAUUCCGCUCUCCGGGUGAUUGCGGCUCUCUAGGGUUUUACUGCCACGUUUUUCAUUGUUGUGUCCUGUGUUAACUCGAUGUAUCUCUAGUGACAAAGUACCCAUUUGUAUAGUAUUAUUUGUCGAGUAAUAGCUUGAUGACAGAACUUGCACUGAGAUAGCGGACAGCGCCUGUCCCCUUGAGUAUCACCACGAAGCCUUGCGGACGCCAGGCAAUUCGCCGUUGCGCGCUUUGAG